AUGAAGUAUGGUAAAUAUCUUGCAUCUAGACAACUAGAGCUUCCAGAAUAUUCUGGACACUUUAUUGACUACAAGGCUCUCAAAAAAUUAAUCAAACAAUUAGCCACGCCCGCAAGUGAUGGCACGGAUGCAGAUAAUAAUGGCUCGGCCUUCUUGGCAAAUUUUAGUGGAGAAAGUGCAACCGAUAUUCAACGUGCUUUGAAGGAGAACAAAGCGACGUUUUUUUUCCGUGUUGAAAGAGAACUUGACAAGGUCAAUUCGUUUUAUUUGGAAAAGCAAGCGAACCUAGCAGUGAAUUUAGAUUUGUUGGUGUUGAAAAAAAAUGAACUAUUUGGGAAAUUGUACAAUUAUAUACAUUACCAGCACAACGGCGGAGCAGACCCAAAGUCAAAAUCAGCGUCGGUAUCAGCAUCAGCAUCAGCGUCGGCAUCGGCAUCAGCAUCAGCAUCAGCGGUAUCAUCAGCUAUGAACUCAGACUUUCGCAACUCGAUAUCCUUCCUCAAUUUGUAUCAAAACUUCAAGAAACUCCACCAAGAUCUAAUAAGGCUUCAACAAUUUAUCGAACUAAAUGAGACUGGGUUUUCAAAAGUGGUUAAAAAAUGGGACAAGAGGUCGAAAUCGCACACAAAAGAAUUAUUCAUAAGCACUGCUGUUAGUGUGCAACCAGUGUUCCACAGAAAUGAAAUCAAUGAGUUGAGUGACUUGGUUACGCAGUCUCUCUUUGACAUAGAGAGCAUUAUGGAUAGUGACUAUACGUGCUUGAACAAUUACAGUCUGUAUGCGCUUAAUUCGCUGCUGCACCUGCCCAGUAUAUUGUUAAAAGAAGAAGGUAUCGAUGUUGACAAGCUGAUCAACCAUAAUGAACCGAAAUCAGAAUUUGUGAGACAUUCUUCCAUUGGGGGUACUCCAAUAACAAACAAUGAAGUUGAUGAGCUUUAUGCAAGUUUUGUCAAUAUUGCCACGAUCAAGGAUCCCGAUAUGUCGCUCUUGGCCAGGUGGAUUGACAAAGUCAAUGGUUCUAGCUUAGCAAGUACUUCAGAUACCAGAUUUAACACCAUUGUCAAGUCCAAAGUGUCCAAGAUUUUCCUCUUGUCGAUUGCGAAUUUGAAAAUUUCAGAUUCCUUUUUGGAAUCGUUUCUCAACCUUGUCAAUUAUGACGUUGAUUUUACUAUAAUCAACGACGAUUUUAACAACAACAAGACAAUCAUACACGAGUGUUGUUCAAUAGCACCAACCUCACACCACGAGUCCCACGUAGUCAUCAACAACGGUGUUAGAGUUGUUAAUUUAAAUGACUCAAUCAACCACUCACGAAACUUUAUAGUCGAGUACAUGAUGAAAAACUUGACCCAAUUGGAAGUUAGAAACUUGUUAACGCGAAGGGAUUUCAAUGGCAGAAACUGUUUGCAUUACGCUGCUCAAAACAACCGAGGAGAUCUUAUUGAGCUUUUGCUUUCUUCAUUUCCAAAAGAACAUAUAGAUGAUGUGGACAACGACUCGAUGUCGCCCCUCUUGUUGGCAAUCAAAAACGGCUACCUCAACAUUGUUAAGAUUUUGGUAAAAUCGGGUUCAAACCCCUUUCCCGAAACAAGUAAGGAUACCCUCCAAUAUCUUCCAAUAAACUAUGCUUGUAAAUUUGGCGACUAUAAAAUCUUGGAGUACCUUCUUUCAAACGAAUCAUCCAAGAAUUUGAUGAAAAUGUUAGUUAACCAGCGAGAUGUGGAGGGUCUUUUGCCUUUGCAUGUAGUGUCUAGAGCCGGUCAUUACAAACUCAUUGAGUUACUUAUUCAAUAUGGCGCAGAGGUGAAUAAGCUAGAUGGGUUCAACAAAUGGACACCAAUUUUCUAUUCAGCAUCCGAGGGUCAUGUGAAAACUACUCAGGAAUUGAUCAAGUAUGGUGCGAAAUUGAAUGUUGUUGAUGGCGAUGGGUUUAAUGUAUUGUACUACUCUGUAUUGGAAGGACAUAUUGAAGUGAUAAAUGAACUAUUGAGCUACGAUAAACGACUUUGUGGGGAAGGACGUGGACUGCAAUUGCAUUUCCCACAAACAACAGCAAUAAGUACUUCUUCUUCUUCUAUUACUACUGGCGGAGCUGAAAUUGGAGAAACUACUCCAAUGACGGGAAUAAGCACAAUUACUACUAAUGGUAGCGACUUUAGUACUGAAGCUGUUACGAAUAGAGAAGAUGACUCUGAUGACAGUGAUCCAGUUGAGAAGCAAAAUGUGGACAGCAUACCAGACUUACAAUUGCCACCUCCUAUCUUGCCAUUGCGCCGAUAUGGACACAAUUUCUUGGAGCAAAAAGUUCUUAUUGAGCUUGUUUUCCCACAUGAUGAUCUGGAGUUUAUCAAGCUUUACAACACUAUCACCGACUUGAAGCCUGGACGAAUUACACUAACUUCAAGCAAUUCUGAUAUUGUGCCGAGAAACAUCUUAUUGCCAUUAGAAGAGAAAGCCGGGAAUGGUGGAGGAACUUGUGUGUUUCAAACAGAUGUGGACUCUUUAACUGAUUUUCGCAUUGAUUUUGAGAUUUUCCCUAAAUUUGGAACUAGACUUAUUGCUAAAACCACAGCACUUUCAUUCUCCAAUAUCGACACUACUUCACCUGAGGUAACUUCAGUUGAGCUUCCACUUUUCGAUUUGAGAUUAAGAAAUAUCGGGCUGUUGAGAUUCAAUUUUCAGAUUAUCUUUCCUUUUUCAAGUACAUUACUCGAAACUUCUAAAUUUGAUACUUAUUGGAAAUCCUCAACAAGUUUUGUCAAUAACAAACAUGCAUUGAAGUUGAAUGCGGCUGGCGGACUCUCACCAAAAAACUUUUUAUCACCUAAGAAUAAUGCUAGUCAUAAUGCUAGUCAUAUUGCUGGUAAUGUUACGGGUAAUGUUACUGGUAAUGUUGCUUCAAAUUCUUUUGCUGCAACUGCUGGUGCUGGUGCCAGUGCUGGUAGUGGUGGUGCAAUAGGAGCUGCACAUCUUUCGACAGUACUGCAGGUUCCUUCAUCUUCAAUUGUUACCGCGACUUCUUUAUCAGGAGAGUAUCUUCGAAUCAAGGUGUGCUUGCUCAAUGACGCUACUCCAGUUGUUUGCCCUCACUGGGCAAUAGCGAUUACAGAAAAGAUAGACUUGUACUUGCCAAACUUAUCCCUUGAACAAUUGACUUCAGUCACCGAUGAGCUAUUUGACUACUCAAAGGUUUUAAGUGACAUUUCAGCAAUGACAGUGAAGGACAUUCAGUUGAUCAAAAAAUUACUUCGCAUCAUAUAUCUACCAUUGGACAUUAUCUUGGAUGUUUUGAGUCCCGAUAUUAACCUCAACUUGGAGCUUGUGUUUCCAUCGGCAUACGAGCUUGAGGCAUUGCCCUUUGUUAGUAAUGUCAAGGAAAAUCUCAAUACUUUUAUUGACUUUACUUUGGACGAUGUUUUUAAACACAUGGAACCAUCAAAGCGAAGAUUCCCAGGUUCGGCAUCUAGAUCCAUCAUUUUCCUUAGUUCCAAUUCCUUGAUUUGUAAAAUCUUGAACUGGAAACAGCCCAAUUUCCCGGUUUUUUUGAUCAUGAAUGGAAUUACUUAUAACGGCAAGUUGGGUAAGUUUGAAAAAAGGUCCACUAAUGGAAUGUUGAUCCACCAGAGAGGCGUGAAAGAAAAACGCUACUUAAUGCGUCUGAAGAACCGUCAGGACGUUAUUAUUCGUUCAAUUAAAGAAGCUGUCAAUUUCACAGUUAGCAACAACUUGUUUGGUCUCAUAACUUCUAUGCAUUUGCUAGAGCUAGUCCCAAAGUUGAUUCCACUCAUUCGCAGUCAAGGUUUGAUUCUUGUGGCAUCCAGCGAUUUUAAUGAGCAACAAGAAGAAGAAGAAGAAGAGUUGGAAGAAGAACUUUUCAAAAAGGAAUUGGAUUCGUAUAAAAAAACGGAGAUCAACGGAUUGCGAUUUGAUGAUGUUCUCAGCUUCAAAGAAGAUAUUACAAUUUAG